GGUCAAUGUCAGUCCCGCCCUAACCGGAAGUGGGUGGGGAAGGAGGCGGAAGUGUCGUACGAUUGGAAUGGCGGUGGCUGUUGUUGGAUGUGAGCAUGGAUAUUAAUUUAAUAUGCCCUGGUUUAUACUGUGGAAAACCAAUAAUAGAAAGCAGAAAUGACAGUCAUCCACAGUUUGGAGACUGUGGGGUAUGCCCAAGAGGUGAAAGAACAGAUAAUGUGAAGAUUUGUCGUAAAUGUGAGGAUUCACCAGAACUCUAUGAUUGGUUGUACCUGGGCUUCAUGGCAAUGCUGCCUCUGGUUUUGCAUUGGUUCUUUAUCGAAUGGUAUUCAGGGAAAAAAAGUUCCAGUGCACUUUUUCAGCAUGUGACAGCAUUAUUGGAAUGCACUGUUGCAGCCAUUGUUACAUUACUGGUGAAUGAGCCAAUUGGGCGACUGAAAAUCCGGUCCUGCCGAGUGAAGAUGCUUUCAGACUGGUAUACAAUGCUUUAUAAUCCAAGUCCUGAUUACAUCAACACAUUGCACUGCACACAGGAAGCUGUAUUCCCUUUAUACACUAUUAUCUUCAUAUACUAUGCCUUUUGUCUGGUUUUUAUGAUGUUGCUUCGUCCACUCCUGGUUAAAAAGAUUGCCUGUGGUCUUGGAAAAUCUGAUCGAUUUAAAAGCAUUUAUGCAGCCCUAUACUUCUUCCCAAUUCUGACAGUACUUCAGGCGGUUGGUGGAGGCCUGCUUUAUUAUGCUUUUCCAUACAUAAUUCUAGUCUUGUCGUUAGUAACUUUGGCAGUAUACAUGUCUGCUUCAGAAAUACAGACAUACAAGGAUCUGAUCACCAAAAAGAAGAGACUGGUUGUUCUGUUUAGUCAUUGGAUGUUGCAUGCCUAUGGAAUAAUCUCAAUUUCAAGAUUAGAUAAACUGGAUCAAGAUCUGCCUCUGCUGGCUUUAGUACCAACUCCAGCACUUUUCUACUUGUUAACUGCUAAAUAUACCGAGCCUUCAAAGAUAUUGUCGGAAGGUGGCAAUGGACAUUGAAAAAGAGCAUGAUACUGUAGAACAAGGGAUGUUUGAAACAGAUUCUAGCCGUUUGUGUAGGAAUCUGUAUGAUUACAGUAUACUUACAAUUGCUUGUUCAGUUGAUGUGCUGUCUGCUUUAUUUAUAUUAAAUGUAUAUAAAGUUCUAUUCACGUGCUUUGAUUAAAAUAGCAUUAAAAUGCAGAUAAGAAA